AUGAUGCAACUUCUGCAGCUUUUGUUGGGGCUUUGGGGACCAGGUGGCUACUUGUUCCUUUCAGGGGAUUGCAAGGAAGUGGUCACUCUCACUGUAAAAUACCAAGUGUUAGAGGAAGUGCCAUCUGGUACAGUGAUAGGGAAGCUGUCCAAGGAGCUGGGCUGGGAGGAGAGUCAUGGGCCGACGGGGGCUGCCUUCCAGGUCUUGCAGCUGCCUCAAGUGCUCCCUAUUCAGGUGAAUGCUAAGGACGGCUUGCUCAGCACAGUGAGGCGGCUGGACCGAGAGCUGCUCUGCCGGCAGCAGGAUCCCUGUGUGGUUUCCUUUGAUGUUCUUGCCGCAGGGGAUUUAGCGCUGAUCCACGUGGAGAUCCAGGUGCUGGACAUCAAUGAUCACCAACCACAGUUUCCCAAAGGCAGACAGGAGCUGGAAAUUUCUGAGAGUGCCGCUCUGCACACCCGGAUCCCCCUGGACAGGGCUGUUGACCCUGAUACUGGACCCAACACACUGUACUCGUACACCCUGUCUCCCAGCCAGCACUUUGAUCUGGUCAUCGUGGGGCCUGCUGAGACCAAAUAUGCUGAGCUUGUGGUGGUAAAGGAGCUAGACCGGGAAAGUCACUCAUUCUUUGAUCUGGUGUUAACUGCCUAUGACAAUGGGAAUCCCCCCAAGUCAGGCACCAGCUUGAUCAAGGUUAAUGUCCUGGACUCCAAUGACAAUAGCCCUGUGUUUGCUGAGAGCUCACUGGCACUAGAAAUCCAAGAAGACACCAUCCCUGGUACUCUCCUCAUAAACCUAACUGCCACGGACCCUGACCAAGGCCCCAACGGAGAGGUGGAGUUUUCCCUCAGCAAGCACAUGCCUCCAGAGGUGCUAGACACCUUCAGCAUCGAUGCUAAGACGGGCCAGGUCAUUCUGCGUCAACCACUAGACUAUGAGAAGAACCCUACCUAUGAGGUGGAUGUCCAGGCGAGAGAUUUGGGCCCUAAUCCCAUCCCAUCCCAUUGCAAAGUUCUCAUCAAGGUUUUGGACGUCAAUGACAAUGUCCCGAGCAUCCACAUCACAUGGGCCUCCCAGUCACCCCUGGUGUCAGAAGCUCUUCCAAAGGAUAGUUUCAUUGCUCUCGUAAUGGCAAAUGAUUUGGACUCAGGAAACAAUGGUCUGGUCCACUGUUGGCUAAACCAAGAGCUAGGCCACUUCAGGUUGAAAAGGACCAAUGACAAUACAUAUAUGCUACUGACCAAUGCCACCCUAGACAGAGAGCAAUGGCCCGAAUAUACUCUCACUCUGUUAGCCCAAGACCAAGGACCCCAGCCCUUAUUAGCCAAGAAACAGCUUAGCAUCCAAAUUAGCGAUGCCAAUGAUAACGCACCUGUAUUUGAGAAGACCAAGUAUGAGGUCUCCACUAGGGAAAAUAAUCUACCCUCUCUUCACCUUAUCACUGUCAAGGCUCACGAUGCAGACUUGGGCAUCAAUGGACAAAUCUCGUACCGUAUCCAGGACUCCCCAGUUUCUCACUUGGUAGCUAUUGAUGCACAUACAGGAGAAGUUACUGCUCAGAGGACACUGGACUACGAACAGAUGGCCAGCUUUGAGUUCCAUGUGAUUGCGGAGGAUAGGGGGCAGCCCCAACUUGCAUCCAGCGUCUCCAUGUGGGUCAACCUCCUAGAUGUCAAUGAUAAUGCCCCAGAAGUGGUUCAGCCUGUGCUCAGCAAUGGAAAAGCCAGCCUCUCAGUACUUGUAAAUGCCUCCACAGGCCACCUCCUAGUGCCCAUCGAGACUCCCAAUGGGUUGGAUCCAACAGGUGCUGGCACACUACCAUUGGCCAUCCCCCGGCCCCCGCCAUUCCUUUUGGCAACCAUUGUGGCAAGAGAUGCAGACUCAGGAGCCAAUGGAGAGCUUCUCUAUAGCAUUCAGAAGGGUAACAAAGCUUCCCUCUUUGUUCUCAGUCCCAAUCUGGGGCAGCUGUUCAUCAAUGUCACCAAUGCCAGCAGCCUUAUUGGGAGUGAGUGGGAGUUGGAAAUAAUGGUAGAGGAUCUUGGCAACCCCUCCUUACAGACCAAAGCCCGGUUGAAGGUCAUGUUUGUCACCAGCGUGGACCACCUGAGGGACAUGGCCCAUGAGCCUGGGGCCCUAAGCACAUCGGUGCUGACAGUAAUUUGUCUGCUUGUACUGAUGGCCAUCUUCGGAUUGGUCUUGGUUCUGGUCAUGUCUAUCUGCCGGACAGAGAAGAAGGACAAUCGGGCCUACAAUUGUCGGGAGGCUGAGUCCACCUACCGCCACCAGCCCAAGAGGCCCCAGAAACACAUUCAGAAGGCAGACAUCCAUCUUGUGCCCAUGCUCAGAAGCCAGGGAGAUGUGCCUUUUGAAGCUGGACAGCCCCACAAGGACACAAGCAAAGAAGCAAAUAUGAGCGAAGGCUGGGACCCCUGCCUGCAGGCCCCAUUUCACCUCACUCCAACCCUAUACAGGACCCUGCGUAACCAAAGUAACCUGGGAGCACUGGAUGAGAGCCAGGAGGUGCUGUCAGACACAGUUAACCUCCUUUUCAACUACCCCAGGCAGAGGAAUGCCUCUCGAGAAAACCUGAACCUUCUUGAGCCCCAGCCCACAGUGAGCCAGUCACGCUCAAGGCCCGUGAAGACUGCAGGCAGCCCUAUGUGGACACUGCCUGGAGACCAGGACAUCGGUGAGGCCCCACAGAGCCCAGCAGCCUCCUCUGCAACCCUGAGGCGGAAGCGGAAUCUCAAUGGCAAAGUGGCUCUUGAUAAGGAGUCAGGCCCCCGCCAGAUCCUGCGAAGCCUGGUCCGUCUGUCCGUGGCUGCCUUUGCAGAGCGUAACCCCAUGGAGGAGCUCACCGUGGACUCUCCUCCUGUUCAGCAAAUUUCCCAGCUGCUGUCCUUGCUGCAUCAGGGCCAAUUCCAGCCCAAACCAAACCACCGGGGAAAUAAGUAUUCGGCCAAGCCCACUGGCGGCAGGAGCGCAGUGCCAGAUACAGAUGGCCCAGGUGUCAGUGUUGGUGGCCAGGCAGACCUGGACCAGGAGGUAGGGCUCUUGGACCCUGAAGAAGACCUCUCUGUGAAGCAACUGCUGGAAGAAGAGUUGUCGAGCCUACUGGACCCCCACACAGGCCUGGACCUGGACUGGUUGAGCGCCCCCGACCCAGCCUGGAUGGCAAGGCUGUCUUUGCCCCUCACCACCAACUACCGUGACAAUGUGUGCUCCCCAGGCAGUGAGGCUUUGGAGGAGCCUCGGACCUUCCAGACGUUCGGGAAGGCGGCAGGGCCCGAGCUUAGCCCCACAGGCACGCGGCUGGCCAGCACCUUCGUCUCAGAGAUGAGCUCGCUGUUAGAGAUGCUACUGGCGCAGCGCUCCAACGUGGUGCCCAUGGAGGCCGCCUCUGAGGCACUGCGGAGGCUUUCUGUUUGCGGGAGGACCCUUAGUCUGGAUCUGGCCACUAGUGGGACCUCGGGCACUGAAACCCAAGGGGGUGUAGGUGGAAAGAAGGGCAGGACCGGCAGCAGCAGCAGCAGCAGCAGCAGGGGUCUGUAA